AAGCAGACGCCAGGCUUCCGGUAGGGAUCAGGCAGUGAUGGCGCAGCGCCUGGCAGAGCUGGAGGUUCCUCUGGACUCUCACCGAGCCGGGGACCGGGGUGAGAACGUCCUGAGGCGCUGCAGAGGGAGACCCAGACUCACGGACUCCGACCGGGCCCAGAGGCGGCUUCAGUCCCGGAAGAAGUACGACGUGAGGCGGGUUUAUCUCGGAGAGGCGCACAAGCUGUGGAGCGAGCUCCGCCGGAGGACCAGUCUGAGUGAUGCCGGGCUGGCAGAGUACCUGAUCCUGCUUAACUCCACCUACGGAGAGAAGUACCAGCAGAAAUACUGCGGGAAGAAGAUUGCUCCAGAAGUGUCAGUAAAACAGAAAAGAGGUAGGAAGCAGCGUGUGUUGAGCCUCCAGAGUCUGGUGUGUUGGUACCAGGAACACUCCCACUCCUGCCCCCACGAGCCCCAGCUCAGAGCUCUGGAGCCCCAGUCCAACUUCUCCACGGCCGCUAUCUGGCAGUGUGACUCCAACCACUCUUUUGUGCAAUAUCUUUUCUCCCCACUGAGGGAGGCGAGCGACUCUGAGCAUGAUGAAGGAGAUGGAGAGAAUACAGCGGCAAAAACAGACGUGCUGGUGGCUAAAGGCACAGCGAGCAGGAAGAGAAAGAAGGAGGCUCACAAACAGUUUAGAGAUGUGGAAGAAAAUGUGGAUGUUUCUGACCUCCAACAUACAACCCUGAGCUCCAUAGAAGAAGCUGCAGAUCCAAACCACCAGCCCAGCUUAGAGGCUUCCUCCAAGGAUGCUGCACUGCCAGAACAGCCUGUCUGGGAGAUGGAGAUGGAGAUAAUGCGACAGCAAGGCUCCCUCACGGCUGAGUUUCGCUCCAUUCCUGAAGAGGAGGAGGAAGAGGAAGAAGGGGAGGAGGCUGAGGAUCUGAGGCAAGGCAAGGAUGGAGAGGAGGGAGAAGGAGAGAGGCUCGGAGAGGAAGAAAUCGGGACUGUUCGGCACGAUUACGAGUGCGUUACGGUGACGGCGUCUUUAGCUGAUGAGCUGGAGAAGGCAGACGAGGACUCGGUGCUGUCACAGAGCCUCAGCGGUUCGGUCCCGCUGGGCGCUCAGACGGAGCUGUCGGUGCCUCCGCCCAUGCAGGUACAAGAGCAGAGCGAACUGUUUGACCCUCAGGCUCUGCAGACAGUGGUGACCGGCUGUGAGAUUCCUGACCAGAGGACGGCUCUGGAGGGCUCACAGUUAAUCAUCAUCACUGGCCCCAGCUAUGAGGCGUUGGCAUCAGAGGGGAUCCAGCUCAACAUGGGCAGCGGAAACGUGGAGGAAGUCACUUGCACCGUCAUCGGGGGCGUCACCUACAACCAGGUGUGCACGUCUGAGUCAAAAAUCAGAGCAGCAGAGGACGAGGACUCCAUGACAGGUUUGAGUGACAAACAGCUGCUGCAGCCCACCGUGGAUCCUCUGCAGCUGAGCAGUGACAGAGAGCUGCAGAGGAGUCUGAGCAGUGUUCGGUCCAAAAGAAGCAGGCGAGGCCCGGUCAUUGAGGCUGAUGGGAUGCUGAAAAUGUUCCACUGUCCUUAUGAGGGCUGCAGCCAAGUCUAUGUAGCAAUUAGCAGUUUUCAGAAUCAUGUGAACUUAGUUCACAGGAAAGGGAGGACAAAGGUUUGCCCUCAUCCUGGCUGUGGAAAGAAGUUCUACCUGUCCAACCACCUGCAUCGACACAUGAUCAUUCAUUCAGGAGUCAGAGAUUUCAUCUGUGAGACGUGCGGAAAGUCAUUUAAACGCAAGAAUCAUCUGGAAGUUCACAGACGGACUCACACAGGAGAAACUCCACUCCAGUGUGAAAUCUGUGGUUACCAGUGUCGCCAGCGUGCGUCCCUGAACUGGCACAUGAAGAAACACACUCCAGAGGCCCACUACAACUUCACCUGCGAGUUCUGCAACAAGAGGUUCGAGAAGCUGGACAGCGUCAAAUUCCACAAGCUAAAGAGCCACCCUGACAAGCAGGCAACCUGAGGUGUUCUGAUGCUGCGAAUCGGACCUGAAGCAGCGCAGGCUGGCCCUUAGAAACUAAAGAAAGACUUCCAGUGAAGAGAGAAGACUUUCCUUUGCUGGGUUUUCGUGAAGUUCGCGUCCAGGAUGACGUGAACGUCGCCUGUGUUCAUCCAGGCUGUAGAUGGAGUGGACCAGAGUAACAGCUGUGCAGGACGCAGCUGUGUGGCUGAUCACAGGUUUUGAAAAUACUGUGUUUGGUACAGCGGAGAUGGAAAACUAAAUCAGUUUUUGACUAUUUGGUGAAGGCUGUUUAGCAGCCUAAGCAAGCUUAGCUAGAGUUGACUUUUCUACUGCCUCCGAAACCAAAACUGCAAGAGUGAAAAUGUUCAAACAUCAGCUGCAUGUGUCAGCACGGUGGGCUAACUAGCAGACUACCUACAGUCGUUAUAUUUGCUUUCAUGGUUCGUUGCAUUUUAUACCACAGAUUAGGUUAAAGUCCAUGUUCACAACCAGACAUCCACUCAUCGUAUUCCCUCAUUGUGUAGGAGACAGGAGAGCUUCCAUUCCAGCAGCUAAUCUUGUUUUCUCACAUAUAUUCCAUCUUGUUCUAAACAUUAAAACCUUUCUUCUUCAAAGGUUGGAACAUAAUUUGACAAACAAAAGGCAUUGGAUUUGCUUUUCUGAUUAUAAAAGCUAAGCAGCUAAUAUUAGGCAGUUAGACCAGAACAGUCUGUCCGUAACAUUUUUCUCAUUGUGCUCUAAAUACUCGUACUAACUGGUUGUGCAAGAACAGUUCUGCUUCUUAGGUCCUCUGCUUUCUCCAUAGAUUAUAAGCAGAAGAUGGUGGAUAUUUUUUUGAGGGGUUCAUUCAACUUUAUGCUCGAUCUCGUCAUGCAUGUAGCCGUCAAGUUUCUGUAACCCUUUUACAGGAUUCUCAUUUUAAAACGACUCAGUGUGGAACAUUGAAAAUUGACUGAAGGUACUUUUCAGCUAACGCACGGCUCAGCUUUAUUAUACCCGACUGCGACAACAACUCUUGAGUGGUAAAUCUAUCGUCUUCACUUUGUAACGACCAAAUGUCCUGGAUGAGAACAUGUGUGGCAACAGUACCCAAGGGAGGAGGCACUUAGCAAAGAGUCGGUUAAAAGUACAAAACAUUUUGGCCGCUGCGUCGGACACCAGCCCCUAUAUACGAUUUACCUGCUUAACCCAUUGAGCUAUACAGGCGUCCCAAAAGUACAAAACAUUUAACAUUUUUGUAGGCUUUGGAAAUUGUUCUACAUUGAUGCAAAGUCCCGAAAAAGUUGUUUUCACCCCUGAUCCAAUCUGAGUUAUUUAAUACAUUUUUUUUAGAUGAUAUUUACUUCAAAGUACAUUAAAGUUGCAUUAAAAUUAGUCAUGUAUCUAGAAAAAACUGCACUCCAUCUGCUCUUAAAGCUCCAGAAAAUUGUAAAAACCUGUUUUCUCCACAUGAUAUCAGAACAUUAGCAGUAGGGCCUGGUUGGAGGUGCCCCUUAGCCUCCAGGCAGAGAGCAGGAGUUUGGCAAGCAAAUGGGCACCAUGACAGAGACAUCAGUGACACUUAAUGUCUUCUGUCUGGAGCUAGCCGCUCUCCCAUUCUCACAUCUGCAGAUUUAAGGAUUGUGUUUACAAAAGAGUGGACACCAUUAAGUUAAAAAAAAAGACUCUGUGGCGGGCCUCAAUCCUAAUAUUUGACAUCUGGACAUCUUUAAAUCAAUCACAGUUGUCUUGUGCUUGAUUUAAAUUAUAGGCAAAACUUUACAUUUUAAACACGUGGGUUACUUCUCGGACUCGGAGAUUGUUGUUUCUCAUAGUGAGGAUUUUGAAAAUGGUGACAUGCAAAUAGUGGAAGAGGAGGAUACAGCGCCAUGAAAUGCACUCAGGAAAUGACCUGGGGCCUCAUUUAUAAAGCUUGCGUACGCACAAAACAGGGCUAGAAAGUGGCGUACGCCACUUUCUACGCAAAGGUUGUGAUUUACAAAAACAAACUUGGCGUGAGAAUGUGCGCACCGGUGCGCCAACCUUGAUUCUUGAUGCUUCCUUACGCACAAAACAGGGCGUAAAUCACAAACUUUGCGUAGAAAGUGGCGUACGCUGUGUACGUUGUGAUUUCUAAAACAAACGCAAUCCUACGCAAUGUUUUAUAAAUGAGGCCCCUGAAGCCUACGAUCUGUGACUUAGUCUAAUAUGGAAAUGACUUAAACCUGCCAGCAGGGGGCGACUCGUCUGGUUGUAAAAAAAAAAGAAGUCCUCGCAUCUUCACUUGCUCCGUUUUCUCCCUUGAUUUGUUACCUCAGUAAACAUUUCCCUGAUGAGUUCAUGAUCCCUCGGUACACCACGAUGUUUACUUUGUAGCUUAUGAUGCCAUUUAGAAUAGAACAGACAAUAAAGCAGGAUUAUUUUUUAGGGUGUGGCCUCUGUCAUAUGGUUUCAAAAGAUAGAGUUGGUCAAACAGUGGGUGACAUCAUGUAGUUUACGCCAGUCUGUUAUAUACAGUCUACAACUUUAGUGUUUAAUGUGUUCAAACAUGCAAAACAUUGGUAAAAUCCAUUUGAAGAUUGACGAUAAAAACUGUGGCUCCGUACACUGCUAACAAACCAAAUGCUGGGACUGAUCCAGAUAACACUAUUCCAGUGAGUUCUACAUGUAAGCUCGUGCACAGAACGUGGAUUAAAGGUGGAAGAGAUGGAGAGAUGGUAAACAUGCUAGCGAGCUACGACUCCACCUUUAAACAGGCUCGUUCUGUCCUUUAUUACACCAACAAUAGUGAUUACUGAUGACAUUGUUCUCAGUUUGGUGGGUAAAUAUUGACAAAGCACUACAAAUGUGUGUUAAAUGUGUUCAGAAUUAGGGCUUUGAAAUUGACGUCAUUGAGGUUUGACUGUUAUGCGUCUCCCCACGCUGCUUGUAAUGAUACGUAUCAUUCUUCCAUUUCAGUCAUUCAAAGUGAGCAUCGGUAGUUUUGGCCAUGAGAUCCGUCUUCAUCUUGUGUUUUUCUAUUAUCUCUUUUCACCAUCCCAGUGUCCCGACUCACAGGAAAGCUUGUGAGAUUAAUGUGACAGUUUCUCAGGAAAAUUCACCUCACUCCUUUUGUGUUUCUGUCUCUUGUUCCGUCUGUUUCCAAGCAAAUGCACUUUUCUCCGUUCUGUCGGGUUUUUUGACCUGUUGAAUCACUAAAACAUGUGAAUACGC